AUGGUCAGACCUUUUGGACAAUUGGGAAACCACAGGAAACAUGUGUUGGAUUGGUACCGAUAUUCAUUACGGAAUAUCAAGGCUAAUAUAGAGAUCGAACACCUUAAGACACAAGUAUACAGUACCCUUAAAAGAACUGUUAGAGAAAACAAGAACCAUAAAUCUGCAUGGUAUGUCCGUGGGCUUUUACAAGAUCUAAAUGAUAUUAAUACAUAUAUUUUAAAUGACGAUCUACAUCAGUUACUUAAGCUAAGAGAUAAGUACUCAAAUGAAGAUGUGAUAACAUCAACAACAACUAACACACCUCCUUCUGGCAAUGCUUUGCUUGGUGAAGCAAUAACUGGCAUCAAAGUACCUAAGGAUUCGUUUGUUCUUAUAGAGAGAGAAGAGAAAGACGAAAGGAAGAAGAAAAAAAAAGCGAUGAGUUUAUCUUCCUCUCCUACACCGUCAUCGGCACGCUCAGAUCGUCUCAGCAGGAGAGUAUUGUAUUCUUAUAUCCGUAAGCACUAUCGACCUCCUUUCAGUCUUCCACAGGAACAUAUAGAGUCACUAAUCAAACCACUCGCAUACCAUGAAUAUUACUGCAAAAAGUUAUAUCUAAUAGAAUUACGUCUUGCGCAAGGUCCCCCAAAGGUGUCUUUGGGGUAUACUGGUGCUGGUCGAGCAAGAAUCUGGUUCGUACGAUCCCCACUGAAUAGAAAGAAGCGACAAUCGAAACGGCUAACCACACUCAUAAGGCUUUCGAAAUUGCAAGCCCAGAAGAACCUUGACGGUGCUAGAGAGUGCGAAAAGAUGCUUUGGCACGGAUACCAUGAGGCACAAUGGGAAUACAUGUUAGAAAAGAAUAAUCAAAGGUUCCCAAAGACUGCGGAAGAGGUCAUUUCCUUAGUGAAACACGGUGGUAAUUUGAGACGGCUUCCUGUCAAUUUCGUAAACUGGCUUCAGCCGAUCAUUGAAGCGUUACAACAAUUCGAACAAUUCGACAUCGAAGUACAGGAGAAAUUCAGGAAACAGAGAGAUAUGUUAGUGGAAGGAGGUCAGUACCACUACUACCAUAAUCUUAAUCAGCAGCUUUAUGCCAAGAGAAUGGCCAGGUUCAAAAACCUAAAAAAGGAGCUUCCAGUGACCAAUCCAUUCACCAAGGAGAACAACCUUGGAGCAUUAUUGGUAAAAUGGAAGUUCCUAUCACCACAUCAGUUGCUAAAAUAG